AUGCCCAAGUCGAAGCGUGCCAAGAUUGUUCCGCUCACAAAGACGCGUGCCAAGACGCGGGACGACAAGGACAAGCUCAUCAGCCGCAUUCGCGACGCCCUUGACGAAUACACGGACGUGUACACCUUCGCGCUGUCAAAUGUGCGGACAAACAUUUUGCAGCAGAUCCGCGAGGAGCGCAAGGGCGACAGCUGUCUUUUCCUUGGCAACAAUAAGUUGAUUAUGAUUGCACUUGGCCGUGACGAGGAAAGCUCACAGCGACCGAAUCUGUACAAGCUGUGCAAGUUUAUUGUGGGUUCCUGCGGCCUGCUUUUCACGAGGCUGCCAAAGAAGGAGGUGAAAAGUUAUUUUGCCUCUGUUGGCGCGCAGGUGUACGCCCGCACUGGGCAAACGGCAACGAGUUCACUCGUGCUACGCGCCGGGAUUCUGUCACAGUUCCCACACAGCAUGUUCGACCACCUCUCUAAGCUUGGCCUACCCAUAAAGCUUGACAAGGGCGCCAUUGUUCUCCUGCAGGACACCACCGUAUGCGAGCCCAACGACACCCUCAGUGCAGAGGCGGCCCAGUUGCUGAGGUUGUUUGGCGUACAGUCGGCGGAGUUUAGGAUUGACCUGACGGCGCACUGGGCAAACGGCGUCGCCAGCAGGGUUGGCGGCAAGAAGGAGGAGAAAGUAAGUGCACAGGACUAG